AAGCGCUGCAGCCUGAUUAACCUAGGCUGGGAAGACGGAGGGGAGGCGACUGGCACCGUGGGCCGAGAGCGGAAGACGGGGCACCAGCGGGAGGCAGUGGAUGCGGACGGCCCCGGCGCACACAAGCUCCUCUUCUGGAUGCAGCUUCAGUGUUGGGAUUUCCCUGGACGUGUGAAAAUGAUCUGUCUCUGAGGAAGACCAAGCAAGGAUUCUGAGGAACAUUUCACUUUAAAAAAAAAAAAAAAUUUUUUUGAAGGCCUCCUUUGGAUGCUCUUGAUAAGAUGGCAAGUCGAAGGAAGUCCACAACACCUUGCAUGGUCGUUCCCUUGGAUACAGCAGAGCAGGACCCAGACGUGGAGACCACGGACAAGAGGGAAGGUCCUGACAGUGUAACGGAGGUGGCUGUGGAGGGCAGUGCAGCCCCUGUUAAAUCUGAUCCAGAGCACAGCGUGCGGCACCUUGGGGAAGAUGGCUUCGCCCGGAGCACCGCGAAGCGCAGCACCCACACUGCCUCUGAGCCGGGGCUUGCCGACUUGGCGUCUGUGCACCCAGAGAGCGAGGAGGCCGAGGACGCGGCCAUCACUGGCAUCUCGUUGAGCAAGACCCCAAUCAUGAAGAUGAAGAGCAAAGGUGAACCCAAGAGGAUUGCCGUCCCUCACAAGGGUGCCGACGAGAAUGGAGCGAGGGGGGAGAGCGAAGGGGAGCAGGAGCCUAAGGAGGGAGUCGUCUCCAACCCCAUAGAAGCACUUACCCCACUGCCAGUUGAGGCCGUCAAGCCCAGUGUUGUCAUCACCAAUCCUAAUACCAUUCUGCCUGAACCAAAGAAAACCAUCAUCAGCUCUGCCACGGUUCUGCCCGCUGGCCUGGCCCAAGUUCUGUCUGCCCUGCAGGCCCAGCAGAAUGCCCAGACCCAGCUCUUGAUACCAGUCAGCAGUAUUCCAGCGUACAACAGCACCAUGGACACCAAUCCCUUACUGGUCAACACUUACAACAAGUUCCCAUAUCCAACGGUUUCAGAAAUCAUGACUUUGGCUGCCCAAACAAAGUAUGCAGAGGAGCAGAUCAAGAUCUGGUUCUCUGCCCAGCGUCUGAAGCACGGAGUGAGCUGGACCCCAGAGGAGGUGGAAGAAGCCCGGAGGAAGCAGUUCAAUGGCACUGUGCACACGGUACCCCAGACCAUAACGGUUAUUCCAGCCCAUCUGUCCUCCACACACAAUGGCCUGCAGUCCAUCCUGCAGACUUGCCAGAUAGUUGGGCAGCCUGGUCUUGUCUUGACACAGGUAGGCAGUGCUGGCAACUUGCCUGUGACUACACCGAUCACGUUGACUGUGGCUGGUGUUCCCAGCCAGACGCAGUUGCCCAAGCCGGCUACCAUCCAGGCGACCCCAGCUACCGUGGAAACAAAGAGGGCCACCACUGUCCAGCCACCUUCCCUGACCCCUCAGGAGAACUCGGCACUUACUGCUGAUCAUUUUGGAAUGCGGCCCAAGAAAUCCAAAGAGCAGCUUGCAGAGCUGAAGGCCAGCUACCUAAAAAACCACUUUGCCAGUGAUGCGGAGAUAUCCCGGCUGAUGAAGCUGACGAAUCUCACCAAGGGUGAGAUAAAGAAGUGGUUCAGUGAUACGCGCUACAAUCAGCGCAACUCUAAGAACAACCACGUCAUCGUCUUCAAUGAGAACACCAACAGUGCCAACAACAAUGCCACCAUUGUGAUCGACUCUAGUGAUGAAACCACAGAGUCCCCUACAUCAGGACCGGUCAAGGAGAAAGAGACGCGUAACAAGUCAUGGAACCCUUUUCCUGACUUUACCCUGCAGAAGUUUAAAGAGAAGACUCCGGAGCAGCUGUUGGUGUUGGAGGAGAGCUACCAGAAAUGCAGCACGCCCAAUGAUGAGGAGCUGAGCAGACUGAGGAGCGAAACCAAGCUGACCAGGCGGGAGAUCAAUGCCUGGUUCACAGAGAAGAGGAAAGCUCCAGCAGACUCAACAGACCAGAAGAAGGAGCAGGCUGAUGCCGAAGCUGUUACCAGCCUCCCUUCACCGAAGUCAGGAAGCCAGACGCCGCCCAGUAGUCGACGGUGGGGCAAGGAUAAAAUUGGGAAGAAGACACCUGAGCAGCUUCACAUCCUGAAAAAUGCCUUCGUUCGUACACAGUGGCCCACAGCUGAGGAAUAUGACAAGCUGGCAGAGGAGAGUGGGCUGCCCCGGACCUACAUUGUGAACUGGUUCGGGGACAGCCGGUAUGCUUGGAAGAACGGUAACCUCAAGUGGUACUAUUACUACCAAAGUGGGAAUGUUGAGCCCAUGAAUGGAAGCGGACACAGGAAGCGGGGAAGGGGCCGGAAUCGGAACCGUGGUUGGAGUAGGUCCCGGAGCAGGAGGGCCAAAAGGGCCUCAGGAUUGGGGAAGUCAUCACCUCCCAUCAAAUUCAAGACUGGAAAGGAGAUUCUGAAGGAGUAUUACCUAAAGCAUAAGUUCCUGAAUGAACAGGAUUUGGACGAGCUGGUGGCAAAGACAAAUAUGGGUUACGAGCAGGUGAGGGACUGGUUUGCCGAGAUCAAACGGAGGGAGGACCUAGGAAUGGACCCUUUCGACGGGGGGGCAGAGAAUGGGGAGCUGGCGGAAGGGGAGGAGUCACAAGAGGAAAGUGAGAUGGCAGCUGAGGAGCAGGGUGAAGUUAUUCGUGGUGAAGAUGAUAACGACGACAAUGACGACGACGAUGACAGCGAUGACAGCGAUGCGUGGGAACCCCCACAGAGUGUCAGGCGAACUCUGUCUGGCUCAGAGGAUUAGUGACAGACAGCUACCCAUCUUCACGCUGCCUGUUUACUCGCCAUGAAGUAGGAAGGUGGAAGUCUGUGUCCUCAACAUGGAGCAAGGAGUGAACUGCUUUCUCUUUGCGUGGUAGAACCAGUGGCCUGCCACCAAAGAAGUGGUGCCAGUUGUCUCUCCCAGUUCCAGCGAGGAGCCCAGUUUGCCAAAGUAACGCUGCUGUAGAUGUUUGAUUCCUGCGCUCUUCAAGCUCCCUAGUCAGUUUCCUUCCGAACAUCUCUGUUAACUGGCAAAUACUUUGCUUUGCACGUAAGACAUUGAGGUACUGUGAUGACUAAGAUGUUUGUGAUCUGGGUAAUAAUGUCACUAGACAUUGAAGAGUCGCCUUCUCUUGCCUGUUUUUUUAAAAAAGGUAUUAACCUUGCAUUUUUUAAGAAAGCAUAUCACUCUUCAUAUAAAGUUAAUUUCUCAACAAAUAGUUUCCAGUCACGUCCUUGUGCUGAUAAGUAAACCAUACAACAUUCUGGUCUGCAUAUGGUGGUACAAUUCGCUAGUGCAAUCUAAACUCUGAUUUUAAUUUGGAGAUUAAAUUAGCUAAAAAAUUGCUUGAAUGCAACAUAGGUUAUUUUCCUCAAAUGAUUUCUAAGAAAUCCUUUACUGGGACAGUAAGCAAGUGGUUUUAUUAGUAUUGCAGAUGCUAUGUGGUUAAAAGUAAAAUAACUUCAAGCUUGAUUUUUAAGGAAACGGUGCCUUUAUCAAUAAGAUUUUUGAUCGCUUACUGCCAUAUUUUACAAUAGGCCUUUUUCUACACUCUUAUUUUAGAGUUGUCUUGCUUACUAUAUUUUUCCUCUGUUUUGAAUAUCCCAGUCAUAUAUACAGGAAAUUAUCAAGUGACAGAAAGGCAGCAUGUUCACUUACAUUAAGGUCGUGCUACUUUUUUGAAGUUCUGAAGACAGUUUGACUUCCUGUAUUUCAAAAGAAGCGUUUUAAGUAAAUUUACCUGCAGUCUUUAUAACAUUUUGAAGAAUUCUAGAACAGUAUUUAUUAUUUUAUAAAAAGAGUAUAGUCAAAGAGCAAUAAGAUCUAAGGUUAGCCCUGAACUUUUAGUUUUUCAGUGAUCUAAAUCAGUAAAUGUGUUUGGAGAGAUCUAGAAAGAGCUGUUUGGAUUAACCUUUUUGUGAGGGAAUAGGUGUGAUAUUUUGAAACGGUCGUGCACAGUAGGUUCCGAACUGUGUCUGUUACAGCGGGACCUGCUUUUGUGACUGCUGGAUUCUUGUCUUGGAUUAAUGGAAGCAGAGUUACUGGAGGGUACGAUAAAAACUUUACCGUAGACAAAGUGUUAUCAUAGUUGGUUCCUGUUUGCAGAAACUAUGAAAGAGGAAAUAAAUUCUUGCUCUGUACAUACAUUUUAUGCUCUUGUAUUUGGGGGGGGGGACUUUUUAAUUGUUUUAUACUUUUUUAAUUUAUGAUAAUUAUCAAUAUAGCCUUGAACUAAUGUAUGUUACUCAAGUGGUGUUCAUUGAGAUGAUCACUAUGUAGGUAACUUGACAUCUCUUUGCUUUUUGUAUGGGAAAAAAACAUCGCUAUUGCUUAAUGAUUUAAACCAGUAUUUCUUUUUUUUUUUUUCUUGGCAGUUUGUCACAGAUAACUGUGCCUCAGUUGAUUUAAGCUUGCAGUGUGAGUGUUAAGCUUGCAGUGUGCACUGGAGUCCCAUUGAAGUAACUGAUGCUUUGCCUCUGUUGUAUUUCCAUUAGACAAAAGUGUAAUAAUUACUUCUCUUACUUUUUCCUGUAAAGUCGUAGACUUCUCAGACCGCAUCUCUUAACCAAAAAAAAAAUGCUUUAAUAGUUCGUUUGUCAUCUGUGUUCUCUAAAGUUUUUUUUUCUUCUCAAACAUAGCACUUAAAGAAUAUAGAUUUUAAAUAUUAGACCACUUAUGAAUGUUAUUUGAGACUAUAUUGACUGUUAUAGGUUAUAUAGAUUUUUUUAAAAACAGAUUGACAUUGGCGGAGUUACAAGGAACCUUAACAUUGAUGAUGGGAUGUUUAUCUUUAUAUAUCACUUUGAUACUGAAAAUCCAUUUGGAAAAAAUGGCUAUUAAACCUACCUGUGCAGCAAGCAGGCAGCCGGGUUGUGGCAGGAAACACACGGAUUUACUAAGCUCCUGUGCCACAGAAAUACACGGAGAUCUUUUGAGUACUUUUUUUGUCAGGCAGCAGAUUUUUAAUCCCCCAGAUAAUGCUUCAUGUCAUUCAGUAAAUUAAAUGGACCAUGUUUCUGGCACUAUUGUUUUCACGUGGGUCAGAGAGGAUAUGUUUUAUACUCGUGUUUGGAAAAAGUAACCAAUAAAGGUCUUAAGAAAUCAUGGGAA